AUGAACGGGCUGUCUCUUCCCACCUCUCUACGGUGGCCCUUUGCAGAAUCAUUUCCCAUGGAUUCACCCCUCAGUCCUAUUGCUGUCGUACUUGUCGGCUCGUUAUCAAUCUACGGCAUCUAUCGCACAGUUUUUAAAAGGAAGAUCGAGCAGUGGGAUCCAGAAAACGAGUUAGUUCUGAUCACUGGCGGCUCCAGUGGUAUCGGAAAACAACUUGUUGAAGAUCUAUGUCGUAAGAAAAACCGCGUUAUUAUUUUCGACAUCCAGCAACCAGAGUUCGAGCUCCCCGAAGACGUUCAUUUCUAUCAUGUUGAUAUAACCUCAGCCCAAGCUAUUGCAGAAGUCGCCUCAGUGGUACGAAAGGCCCAUGGAGAUCCAACCGUGCUCAUCAACAAUGCCGGUGUCUUCUACCACGGCACCAUCCUCGAAAGUCCUGAGCGGGAGUUUCGUCAAACCUUUGAUGUCAACGUCAUAGCUCAUUUCCUUCUGGUGAAAGAGUUCCUUCCUUCGAUGGUUCGUCGCAAUAAGGGUCACGUUGUCACUAUGGCAAGCAUUGCAAGUUUCGUAGCAGUUGGAGAAAUGGUGGACUACUGUUGUUCCAAAGCAAGUAUUCUUGCAUUCCAUGAGGGCCUUACGCAGGAGCUCAAACAUUUUUAUAAUGCCCCCAAUGUGCGAACAACCAUCGUGCACCCUCUUUGGGUUCAGACCCCAAUGGUUAAGGGUUUCACCGACUAUCAAUCUACAUUUGGUCAGCCAGUUAUGACUCCCAAGACUGUUUCGAAGAGGGUCAUCGAUCAGAUUCUGUUUCGGCAAGGGGGUCAGAUAAUACUUCCCACCAGGUUAUCUUUGGUCAGCGCAUUGAGAGGAAUGCCGAUCUCGGUACAAGAAAUGGCUCGAUCUUCCUUUUCAAAGAUUGUUUAUCGAGUACGGAAUGUGCGCGCUGCUGCCAAAGAUGAAUGA